UUUACUGUUUCUUUUAAAGCUCUGUAUGUCUGCUGUCAACUAUGACACCCCUGUCUGUGAUCCACAUCUUUUCCAAGAACCCCUCAUUCCUUCUUUUUGUGUUGCUACAUGUUACUAGGUGUUGCAGUGAGGUCCAGCUGAGCCUUCACAAUUCCAGCCUUAAUGUUCUGUCCAAGGUUCGCUGGAGCCGGUCAGUAGGGGGCCUACCAGAGCCUGUGGAAUGUGUUUUUUCAGAGUGGUCUGAAUGGACCCGAUGUGAUCCCUGUCAGAAAAAGCGAUACCGCUACACAAAGCUGCAGCAGCCCUCCCAGUUUGGAGGGGAACCCUGUCACUUCCGCGGACGAGAAGAGGAGGCCUGUGCCCCCCCAUCCCGCUAUUCCUGCAGAGACAGUGUCCAGUGCGAUGGCUUUGUCUGCACCACCACGGGCAGGUGCAUUCCCCAGAGGCUCGUGUGCAAUGGAGAUGAUGACUGUGGGGACCGCUCUGACGAGAAAAGCUGCAAGAAAGUUUACAAACCCUGUAAGACUAAAGUAGAGGAGUACUGGGGAAUCGAAAACUUAGGAAAAGGGAUAAACAUUUUGAACAGCAAUUUGGAAGGUGUUGUUAUUGAUAAUAGAUACUAUGGGGGCAGCUGCUUACCACAAUACAUUUACAACACAAGAUUUAGAAAACCCUUUAAUUUGCAACACUACACUCUGGAGACAAAAGGAAAUUAUGAGUUCUCAUUGGAUGCAUACGAGUCAUACUCCAGUUAUGAAAAAGACACAUUCAAGGCACACAGUUCUCAAAAAAGCGUAAGCUUUGGAAUUAGUCUUCCUGGCAUAUUUGAGUUUGGUUUUAACUACCAAGAUGCCAAAUUCAAGAAGAAUGUUCAAAAAACCCGACGUUUAUCUGGGACAAAAAGCAGUUUUGUGCGAGCACAUUCCAGGCUUGAAGUGGCACAGUACAAGCUGAAGACACAGGAUCUGAUGCUGCACUAUGAGUUCUUCCAAAGGUUGCAGAGCCUCCCUGUGGAGUACAGCUAUGGAGAGUACAAAGAGAUCUUCAAGGACUAUGGAACACAUUACAUUACUGAGGCUACCCUGGGUGGCGAUUAUGAGUACACAGUGGUGCUGAAUCAAGAAAGUAUGGAGCGUACAGAUUUUACUUUGAGUGAUGCAAACAAGUGUGUCCAAGCCGGCCUGAAAGUUGGAGCUAACAUUGAUGGGCUGUAUGUGAGUCUUGGAGCUGGUGGUGGCAGAUGUCGGGGUCUGCUAAAGGAACUAGGAGACAGCAAAACAGAAAAGAGGUUUGUUGAAGAUUUUAUUGUGGAAGUGAAGGGAGGAGCCAGUGAGUACAUCACUAGGUUGGCGUAUAAUCAGCUGCCGACUCCGGCACUGAUGCAGGAAUGGGGAGAAGCCGUGCAGUACAAUCCCGACUUCAUCGAGAGCAAGACAGAGCCUCUGUUUGAGCUGGUAACCUCCAAAGAUUUUGCUAAUGCCAAUAUUAUCAAGAGGAACCUAAAACGGGCCUUAGAAGAGUACCUGGCUGAGAGCAGUAACUGCCGCUGUGCCCCCUGCCUCAACAAUGGAGUGGCUGUGCUGAAAGACACUAGGUGUGAGUGUGUGUGUCCCAUGGGAUUUCGUGGGAGAGCUUGUGAAAUCACUCAAAGAACUGGAAUGAACCAGAGAGGCUGGGAUGGGAUGAAGGGAGGUGUUUUAGAAAAGAUGUACUCAAGGGAGCAGCAGCAGGCAAGUACAGUAUUCAUUAAAGAGAAAUCUGUAGUACAAUCUGAACUCCUAGUAAACGUUUGUUUAACCACUCCAUUACAUAUGUUCAUUUCAGAUUAUUUUUACACUAAGUUUAAUGUUUUCGCAUAUUCUUAUAUACCAUGUGUCAAACUCAUAGCCAGCGGGCUGCAUUCGGCCCACCAUCCAUUUUAAUCCGGCCCUUGUUAGACUUCUCUGGUCAAUUGUGUGAGUCUCGCAACAGCAGGAUGGCUAGUCGACUGGAUAAGAUUGCUUACGAUCUACAAGAGCAGCUUUCAGAGAAAUCGACUGAAUUUAUUGUAUAAUCACUUGCAGACUUUCUUGCAUCAAAGAAAAGAGCUCAGGCUGCUGGCUUGGCAAAGCAACAGUAGGCUAA